GAAUCCGAUCGCACGAUCGGUGUGAAGGGGGUCACAGCAAAACCUCAGACCUUUCUCACUACCACCCCCCACCACCACACCCCACCACCACACCCCACUACCACCACCCACUACCACACCCCACUACCACACCCCACUACCACACCCCACUACCAAACCCCACACCUCACUGCCACACCCCACAGCCACGCCCCACUGCCACAACCCACUACCACACCCCACUACCAGCCCAUGCGCUUAAUCACACAGGCUUGCACUGCCUCUGAUUCCCUGU